AUGGCAGAGGCAUUGCGUCCUUUGGUAGAUUUUCCACCAUCGCCAUGGAGUGCAGAAUACUUGGCUUCUUUAUCCCCAAGUGAUUCGGAAAUCAAAACGUACACCGAACGAGUUGAUGAGCUAAAACUUCAAGUUAAAAAUAUGCUAAAUGGUUCUGCAAAUGAUGCAGUGGAGAAAGUAAAACUAAUUGACUUGCUACGCCGCCUUGGCAUAUCCUAUCACUUUGAAAAUGAGAUUGCAAAUCAACUCGCUACCAUUUUCAAUUCCAAAUCCAUCGAUGCUGAUGAACUUGAGUACGACCUAUACACCGUUGCACUUCUUUUUCGAGUAUUCAGACAACAUGGUCACAAAAUGUCUUGCGAGGUUUUUAACAAAUUCAAGGACGAAGAUGGUGAGUUCAAGAAGGCGCUAUCUAGUGAUGUGCAAGGCAUGCUAAGCCUGUAUGAAGCUGCUCAUUUGAGCGUGCAAGGGGAUGAUAUACUAGAUGAAGCCCUUGAUUACACAAUCGCCAAUCUCAAGUUUAUGGUAAACCAGUGUAGCUCUCAUCUUGCAAAACAUAUAGCUUAUGCCUUGCACCAACCUUUUCACAAGGGCAUAUGGAGGCUAGAGUCGAUGGGAUACAUUUUCUUCUACGAAGAAGAGGAGCUGCAUAAUGAAGUACUGAUUAAGUUCGCAAAAUUGGAUUUUACUCGCGUGCAAUUGUUGCACCAGCGAGAACUUGCCGAGCUUGCAAGGUGGUACAAGGAUAAACGAAUUGAUUCAGAAUUUUCUUACGCGAGACAGAGAAUUGCAGAAUGCUACUUGUGGGCAAUGGGUACUAGUUUUGAGCCACAAUAUGUAGAAAUUCGAAUCAACACCGCGAAAGUAAUACUUAGCCUAUCGAUCCUAGAUGACACAUUUGAUGCAUUUGGUACAAUUGAAGAACUUCAACAAUUCACAGAUGCAAUUCAAAAGUGGAACAUAACUGCAACUCAUCGACUGCCAGAUUACAUGAAAUCUCUUUAUAAGAUGAUCAUGGGUGUCUACGAUGAACUUGAGAGUAACUUGAAGAAUAAAGAAAGAUCUUAUUGGGUCUCUUACGCCAAGGAUACGGUGAAACAAUUGGUGAAAGCCUACCACCUUGAAGCAGAGUGGUGCAACAACAAUUAUGUACCAUCAUUUGAAGAGUACAUAGAAAAUGCAUCAAUCUCAAGUGGUUAUCAUGCCGUUUCGGUCUUAUCUUUUGUUGGGAUGGAAGAAAUUGCAGGGAUGGAGACAUUUGAAUGGUUCAAAAAUUCCCCAAAGAUCGAUCGAGCCACACGUAGAAUGUGUCGUUUGAUGGACGACAUAGUGUCAACCAAGGACGAGAAAAAGAGAAGCCAACAUGUUUCCACAAGUGUUGAGUGCUACAUGAAGCAAUACAAGAUUUCAUCGGAGAAGGAAGCAAUCGAACACCUUAAGAGGGAGAUUAAGGAUGCGUGGAAGGAUAUAAACGAGGAAUGCAUGGGACCAACUGCCCUAUCGAUGCCUCUAUUAGUCCCAUUCCUUAACCUUGCUCGCGUAAUGGAUGUUUUCUACAAGCAUAAAGAUGGGUACACAAAUUGUGAGAGCUUGAAACAUUACAUCAACUCCUUGUUCAUCGAGGGCAUUCCAAUUCAAGACUAUAUAGAUCAAUAUUAGUUGAAAUACUCCUUAUAAACAGUCAUUCUGUGUUUGUUUUGCGGUAAAAUGAUUGUGUUUUCCUUAUUACCCAAAAAAUUCUCGGGGUCGUUGUCCCCAAACCGCCAAUGCCCUCUCAUUCCAAAUCCUGGCCUACAACCUUGUAUGCGAGUGUAUAUUAUUUA